AUGCAGCGGGAGCUGACUGGGGCCCCUCCCUCUGCAGAGAAGCGCCUCCUCCUGGUGAAGGAGCUGCAGAGCCUGCCCCUGGCCCAGAGGGACCACAUGCUUCGGGGGAUGCCCUUGGGCCUGGCUGAGAAACGCUGCCUGCGAGAGGAGAGCCGGACUCUGGCGGGGAAGCGCAGGGGCCCGCGGGGCCAGCGUGGGCUCUUCCCCUGCUGCGGCCGCCUCCGCGACGCCUGCGUCCUGGCCCUGCACAGCCUGGGGCUCGGGCUGCUCGCCCGCCUGCACAGCCUCACGCCCUGGCGCUACGCCCUGAAGCGGAUCGGGGGCCAGUUCGGCUCCAGCGUCCUCUCCUACUUCCUGUUCCUCAAGACCCUGCUGGCCUUCAACGCCCUCCUGCUGCUGCCCGAGCUGGCCUUCGUGGUGGGCGUGCAGGCCGCCUUCCCGCCCCCCGCGCCCCCGCGCCCCGGCCCCGCCUUCUCGGGCCUGGAGCUGCUCACCGGCGGGGGCCGCUUCACCCACACCGUCAUGUACUACGGCUACUACAGCAACCGCACGCUGAGCCAGCCGUGCGUGCCCGCCGCCGAGGGCGGCCAGUGCGGCCCCGACGCCGACAGCCUGCCCUACAACAUGCCCCUGGCCUACCUCUUCACCGUGGGCGUGGCCUUCUUCAUCACCUGCCUCACGCUGGUGUACAGCAUGAGCUGGGGCGACCAGUGGCAUGGGGGGCGGGAGGGAGGCCACCCCUCGGUCCCUGUGUGCGUGUCUGCCGCGGGCUUCGUGACGGGUCGCUGCCGCCCCCAGGAGCUGCUGGCCGAGUGGCAGCUGCGGCAGGGCCCCCGGAGCGCGUGCGGGCGGCUGCGGCAGGUGGCCGCGCUGGGGCUCGUGUGGCUGCUGUGCCUGGCGACCACGCUGGGCUGCACCGUCGCCGUGUACGCCUUCUCGGAGCUCAUGAUCCAGACCCCCGUGUCUGCUGACCGAGAGGGGGCGCUGCUGGCCCUGCCGCUGGUGGUCUGCCUCCUCAACCUGGGGGCCCCCUACCUGUACCGCUGCCUGGCCGCCCUGGAGCAUCAUGACUCCCCGGUGCUGGAGGUGUACGUGGCCGUCUGCAGGAACCUCAUCCUCAAGAUGGUCAUUCUGGGGGUUCUUUGCUACCACUGGCUGGGCCGCAGGGUGGGCACCCUGAGGGACCAGUGCUGGGAGAACUUUGUGGGCCAGGAGCUGUACCGGCUCAUGGUGCUGGAUUUCAUCUUCGUGCUGCUGGACACGCUUUUCGGGGAGCUGGUGUGGAGGUGAGGCCCCUGGCCCUGCACCUGCCUCCUGGG